UUACCUUCUCCUUUGGAUUUCUCCGGCCUCCAUGGUCAGUCAGUGUGAGCUGCGACUGAAUCCGACCCAGUAAUCAUACUUUUCCUGGUCGUAUAAUUUCGAUGUUUCCCACUUGGAUGCCUGCGGUUUCUGGUCCAAAUCCCUUCUGGUGAAGGUCGCUGUCGCGGUGACUUCUCCUUCGGCUCCGUCGCCUCCUCCUCGUUGCUGCUGUGGUUUGUUGCAUCUGAUUAAUAUUAAAUUUGGGAGCUUUUUUUCUUGGGGGAUUAAGCCGUUGAGCUCUCGCCAUCCGCAUCCGAAACGGGUGUGACGCGUUGUCCAGAGGGAGUUGUUGUGGCUGUUGGGUUUCAUGGUUUGACUCCACUCGAAGCAACGCCCCCCCUCGCUCCCUCCUAAACUCCCCCUCAGUCCAUGGCCUUCGCAUCAUUUUCUGGCAACCCGCUCGGUGAUCGCAGCAGUCAACGAGGCCGCGAUUGGGAGCUCAAGUUCAAUUGCAGUUGACCCGCGCUUGAAAAUUCUUCUUCUUGUUCUUCUUCUUUUCUUCUUUUUUUUCUGACAUGGUCGCCGCGAGGAGGAAGCUGCGGUUGUUGCGCUCCGAGGCGAUAAAGCUCGGACUAUGGCUGGGAAUUUUGUUCUAUCGCCCGGUGGCGGCUCUGCGGCCGUUGAGGGAGAUGAGCCGGUCUUGGGUCGACGAGGGGUUGUUUAUUAGGAAAGAUGAAAAUGAAUCGGGUCAACUUGGUGAAUGGAAUAUAAGUGGAACUUACAAAGGUACUUGGAGAUUUCUAGAUUCAACAAAUAGCUCUUCGAGGUUUCCAGAUUUCAAAAGAUCUAGUGGCAACUCUAUGGUUGAAUUAGUUAGUACCCACACAAAAAUAGCUGGUGUACAUUAUAUUCAGGGAGUCAUUGUCUUUCAGGAUGUUUUUGACAAGGAGCGGACUGUUGGCGGUGCUCGAAUCAGGAUAGAAGGUGUAUAUAUAUGGCCAUUUAGACAGCUUCGAAUGGUAGCUAAUAGUGGAAAAGAGGGUGAGUUUAGCCAAGAUGAUGAUUACAUAUUAUCAAAUCCUUAUCAUUUGCUUGGAGUCUUCUCAUCCCAGGUUUUUCAAGAAUCUCCACGAAAAAAGAUAUGGAGAAGGAAGAAUUCACCAAUCUAUGAUGUGGAGAAACAUUGUAACAUCGAGUUUGCAGCUCAAAUCUCACAUAUUUCUUCCAAAAAAGAUGAUGGUGAACAUGAUCAUUAUCAAAUGGAAGGUCUAAUGGAGAGUCCUUCAGUGGAUGAUGAUGGGGACUGUUUUGCACCCUUACUACUGAAUGCUACUUCUGUAAACAUUGAGGUUUAUUAUAACAAAGCAGUGAAUUACACCUUGAUGGUCACAUUUGUGUCUUUCCUCCAAGUUCUCCUCCUAAUUCGACAAAUGGAACAUAGCAAUACUCAAUCAGGAGCUGCCAAGGUCUCGAUAUUAAUGAUUGGGCAACAAGCUAUUAUGGAUGCUUAUCUCUGCCUCUUACAUCUUACGGCAGGGAUACUUGUAGAGUCCUUGUUCAAUGCUUUUGCAACCGCGGCAUUUUUCAAAUUCGUAGUUUUCUCAAUUUUUGAGAUGAGGUAUCUUCUUGCCAUAUGGAAAGCAAGUCGACCUAUGAACAACGGAGAGGGUUGGGAAACUAUGAGGCGCGAGCUCUCGGUGUUGUAUAGUCGUUUCUAUGGGAUCCUUUUGGGAGGCAUUCUGCUCAUGUACGAGUUUCAUAAUUAUAUUCGUCCCAUACUUCUCCUUAUUUACUCGUUCUGGGUACCACAAAUAAUUACAAAUGUUCUCCGAGAUUCAAGAAAACCGUUGCAUCCUCAUUAUAUCCUAGGCAUGACUGUCACUCGUCUGGCAAUCCCAUUGUACAUUUUUGGCUGCCCAUACAACUUUAUGCGGAUUGAGCCUGACAAAAGCUGGUGCAUAUGCUUGGGUGUAUUUCUUGGACUCCAAGCAUCUAUUCUUCUUCUCCAGCAUUAUUUGGGGUCACGAUGGUUCAUUCCUCGUCAGAUUUUGCCAGAGAAAUAUAGCUACUACAGGCGGUUUGAUAAGGAUUCAAGCCACACUACAGACUGUGUCAUUUGCAUGACUUCUAUCGAUCUUAGUCAGCGGUCAAAUGAUUGCAUGGUGACUCCAUGUGACCAUUUCUUUCAUUCAGGCUGCUUGCAAAGAUGGAUGGAUAUAAAGAUGGAAUGCCCAACCUGCCGACGCCCACUACCACCAGCCUGAGGACUGUUCAGCUUGUACAUUAUGUAAUAUCAAACACAAUUGUAAGUCGUGUCGGAUGCAACUCAUUUUUUCUGUAGCCCAUAUUGAGACGGUGGUAAUAAUGUAAACGUCUCCAAACUGCAGUAGAUGCUAAAUCAGAGACAACUAUAGAGUCAAUAGCUGACACGAUUCUUUCUUCUUUUUGCCUUAUAAUGUAUAUUCACUAAGUACAGAAAUCACAAGAAGUGGAAAGUUCUCAAUAUCA